AUGGUCCGAACUUCCGUUCUUAACGAUUGCCUCAAGAGCAUCAACAAUGCCGAAAAGGCUGGCAAGCGACAGGUCAUGAUCCGACCUAGCUCCAAGGUCAUCACCAAAUUCCUUACUGUCAUGCAGAAGCACGGCUACAUCGGCGAGUUCGAGGAAGUUGACGACCACCGCUCUGGCAAGAUCGUCAUUCAGCUCAACGGCCGACUCAACAAGACUGGUGUUAUCUCCCCACGAUACAACGUCCAGCUCCGAGACCUCGAGAAGUGGGUUGUCAAGCUAUUACCGUCUCGUCAAUUCGGUUACAUCGUCCUAACCACCAGUUCUGGCAUUAUGGAUCAUGAGGAGGCAAGAAGAAAACACGUCUCAGGCAAGAUCAUUGGUUUCUUCUACUAG